AUGACACGGCGCAAGCGCGGCUCGCGAUGGCGCCGCACCGCCUCGAUUCCGCUGGACGACGACGAGGCAGAAGGUCUCACGCCGCCGCUCCGUUCCUACCUCCCUUCGCUGUGGGGCUCGGAGCAUAAGUCGGCGCCGGCCUCGCCACAUACCCCGGACGAGGCACAGACCCCGGACGAGGCCGAGGACGCAGUCCAGCGGUCGCAUUCCGAGCACCGCCGGCGCCGGAAGGACGACAAGCACCGCCCCCGAACGCGGCCGUGGGAGGCGAGCAACCGCUUCCAGCAGGCACUCUAUGACGAUACAGAGCAGCAGCACGAGGUGCCGCCCGUGCCGCCCGUGCCGGCAUGGGCAUCGGCACCGGCACCGUCGUCGUUGGCACCGCCGGCGCUUGCGCCCCCGGCGUCGGAAGAGCACGAGAGCAAGGAGCCGCAUCCUGCCGUCGCCGCUCCCCCGAUCCUCUCGCUGAAUAUCCCGUCGCUGGGGCGCGCGGAAAAUGAGCCGGCAGUCGAAGAGCGCCGCGGCUCGGAAGCGCCGACGAUGCAGAGCACGAAUGCCUCGCUCGAGCUCAGCUCCGACGUCGCAGACGGAGGGCACGCCUCGCCGCUGGGCAUCGACAUGAAUACAAGCCCCACGUCGGGUGCGCCACGCCAGGGCGAGCGCCGCGCGCGGCUGCAGCGUGCGCCGUCCAGCCACGUCCCGGAGCGUCGCCUGAGCGCCGCGACGAGCUACUCGAGCAUGUCGUCGGCCGGCGCAGUCGAGGCGCCGACGUUUGACGAGGAGAUGGCGCAGAAUGCGGAUAACCUACGCCGCUCGCGCCGCGCCAAGGAGCAGCAAGGCGCACGGCCGCCGCCGUCGCCGCGGUCGCCCCGCUCGCCCCGCUCGCCGCGGAUGCAGCAGCAAGCGCACACCGAGGAUACGUCCGAGGUGCCGCAUGUGCUAGUCGGCAACCUCAUCGGCGAGGAGCACGUCAACUACGUGCUCAUGUACCACAUGCUCACCGGGAUCCGGAUCGGCGUGUCGCGCUGCGAGUCGCGUCCGCGCACGCCGCUUACGCCGCAAGACUUUUCGGCCAAGUACAAGUUUACGUUUGACAUUGUUGGUAACGAGCUGAGUCCUUCGUCGUUUUACGAUUUCAAGUUCAAGGACUAUGCGCCCGCCGUCUUUCGUGACCUGCGGCACCACUUCCAUUUGGACACGGCCGACUACCUCUUGUCGCUCACCGCCAAGUAUAUCCUCUCCGAGCUGGGCUCGCCCGGGAAGAGUGGCUCGUUCUUUUACUUCUCGCGCGACUACCGCUUCAUCAUCAAGACGAUUCGGCACGGCGAGCACAAGUUCUUGAUGAAGAUCCUGCCCGAGUACUACCGCCACGUCCGGGCGAAUCCCCAUACGCUCCUCUCUCAGUUCUACGGACUGCACCGCGUGAAGCUGCCGGGAGGGCGCAAGAUCCACUUUGUGAUCAUGAACAACCUCUUUCCGCCCCACCGCGAUAUCCACGAGAUGUACGACCUGAAGGGGAGUCUCGUGCACCGCGAGCAAAAGUCGGCGAACCCCCAUGCGGUGCUCAAGGACAUGAACUGGGUGCGCCGCGGCCGCAGCAUCGAGCUGGGGCCGGAGAAGCGCAGUCUCUUUGUCCAGCAGCUGCGCAGCGACGUGAGCCUCUUGCAGAAGCUGUCGAUCAUGGACUACAGUCUGCUCAUUGGUCUGCACGACCUCAAGAUCGGCAACCACAACGAGCUGCAGCAGUCGCUGCAAGUGUUCCAGCCCGAGACGGAGACGCAAGAGUCGGCACAGUCGCCCACGCAGCCGACGCCGGCGCUGCGCCGGCCCAGCAUCGUAGUGAGCCACGGAGAAGAGUCGGUGCUCCUGGCCUCGCCCGACGCCUCGGUCCAGUCGCCGAUCAAGGAAAAGAACCACCAGGCACUGCGCAGCGCGCUGCGCAGCGCCGACCCGACGGUCCUCUCGGCGCAGACCGCGACCAAGUUGCCGAACCGCAUGGCAGAGCGCCGGCACUAUGUCUUUUACCAGGACGAGGGCGGAUUCCGCUCCACCAACGAACAGAAUGAGCCGACCAAUACCAUCUACUACUUCGGCAUCAUCGACCUCUUUACCCAAUACGAUGCGGUGAAGCGCGGCGAGCACCUGUGGAAGGGGCUCUUUCACAACCGCCACCUCAUCUCUCCCGUGCCUCCCAAAGAGUACGGCGAACGGUUCAUCAAGUUUCUGUUGCGGCGCCCGAAUCAGGCGCCUUCAUAG